GUGAUUUCUGACUUUUUCAUGGCCCAUGACCGGGGCAGCUUACUUUACGACCUCAGUCAGCUUUUGCGCUUGGGACAAUCUGGCUAUGCGAACCUCAAAGAAGGGGUGAGCUCCUUGUGGAGCCUCAUUGCACAGCAGAGAGAUCAACAUACCGCCGUUGAGCUCCUUCAAAAACUCCAGGCUGUUGCGGAGGAGUUUUCCAAGACACAGGUGGCCAAGAAGGAAGCAUCAACGGAGGGCAAGACGCAAGCCAAGGAUGCUAAGGCAUCGAGUAGUGCCGAUCAGGCCGACGCCGGCGAGGCCGCGGUCCGCAACGGUGCCAUGCUCCGUAACGGAGAGGGCCCUGGGGAAUCGAGCAGCUCCGCCAACCAACAGAAAUGGAUCAAGAAAAAAACAGAAGGGAACAAAA